AUGCAGCUCACAAUUCAGCUUCUCUCAAAUGGCGAGAGGGAGUUUGAAUCCUUGUAUCUAGAUGGCCUCUUUUGGCAGCUUUGUGGUCCCAAGAAUGCACUGACCCAUAAGUUGUGCAAGAUAGAGGCGACCAUCUUGCACCAUGUGGCGACGAUUCCCGAGUUCGAUCAACUUGAUCCUGUGAAAUGCAACGACUCCAAGCUGAUGACCAUUUGGAACUACAAGGAGCUGUGGCCGAAGGAUCGCGGUAUCCAUGGGACACACCUACCAGUGGACAUGAUUUUUCGAGAUGCGACAUCCAAUGGCCGCCAUGGCCCCCGCUAUGUGGUCAUGAUGAGGAAUCCAAUGGACGUCCUUGUCUCAAUGCAAAGCCAAAUGCGAAAGUUGCUUUCUUUGCUGGCACCCAUGACCCCCAGCUUGGAAGACCUCUACUCCCAAACUUUCACUCGGGUCGCCGGAGGCUACUUCAAGUACAACCUUGCGUGGUGGCAGCUUUCACAACAACAUCCGCAGCAGGUGAUUUUCCUUUUCUACGAGGAUGCUAUAUCCAAGCCUGCGGAAGUGAUUCACCGCACCAUGAAGUUCUUAGAUGUCUCUUUGGACGAUGCUGCCCUGGAGCGGGUGCGUUUUUUUGUCUAG